AUGUCAUGGACCAAGAAAGCAGUCGACGACAAAGAUGGUGUGUUUUAUGUCGUUGAUGGAAGUGGAAACUACAAGGGUAAAUCGAGACUGCUCUGGGCCUACGGUGCCUGUGUGGCUGGUAUCGGACGGAUUGGGGGCUGGAAGGACCGGCCAAAACUUCCCCGAGGCCUUCAUGCCGAUGCGGAGGAUGGAAUGUCUAAGCAAGGGUUGAGGUCCCGUGAUGCUCUCGGCCUAAGUCCAAGCUAA